CCCUCCUCUCCCCUCCAACACGCAGCACGUGUGCGUGCCUGCGGACGCCGCACUCCCGCGACUCUGAGCUCACAGCGACCAGGCCCCGGUCCCGACUCCGCCCUGUGUUCGUGCGGCUCUGGCCUGGUUCGCUGGCGCAGAGGGGCCGGGCUUGUAGGAGCCGCAUCCCCGAGGUCGGGCUGGGAGGACGGGCUGGGGCCGGGGCCAUGCUGGGCAAGGACUACAUGUUAGCUAUCAUCUUGGUCAACUGCGACGAUGACUUGUGGGGUGACCAGAGCCUAGAGGGAGAGCCAGGCUUGCCUCCUGGGUGGCGGAAGAUCCAUGAUGCUGCUGGCACCUAUUACUGGCAUGUACCCAGUGGCAGCACUCAGUGGCAGCGCCCAGUCUGGGAACCUGGGGAUUCUAUACCACCUGACGCGGGCACAGAAGGGUCUUGGGGAUUACGACCCCCCAAAGGGAGAUCCUUCUCUAGCCUGGAAAAUUCACUGGACCGAAGGACUUCUCUACCCUGGUGUGGGGAAGAAGCGUACAUCCGAAACAUGGAACCAGGCUCCAAGUGCUUUGCAGUACGAUCUCUGGGCUGGGUGGAGGUGCCCGAGGAGGACUUGGCACCUGGAAAGAGCAGCAUUGCUGUCAAUAACUGCAUUCAACAGCUGGCACAGAGCCGAGGUCAAAGUCGCCCACCUGCUACAGCCUGGGGUGAGGGUCAGAACAUGUUGAUGAUUCUGAAGAAAGACAUGAUGAGUCUGGUGAAUCCCCUGGACCACAGCCUCAUCCAUUGUCAGCCCCUUGUGCACAUCCGAGUCUGGGGUGUGGGCAGCACCAAUGGCCGGGACAGGGACUUCGCCUUUGUGGCGGGUGACAAGGACACCUGCAUGUUGAAAUGCCACGUGUUUCGCUGUGAUGUCCCAGCCAAGGCCAUUGCCAGUGCCCUGCAUGGGCUGUGUGCCCAGAUUCUGUCAGAGAGAGCUGGGGUGAGUGGUGACCCUCCUCGAUGUUCCUUGGACCCCAUUUCUCCUGAGGAUCUACCCAGGCAAGUGGAGCUUCUUGAUGCGGUGAGCCAGGCUGCCCAGCAGUAUGAGGCUCUCUACGUUGGGACCCUGCCAGUUAGCAAGGCCAUGGGUGAGGAACUGCUGGGGCAGGGGGAAAGUCCAAGGCACAGCUGGGUGGAGGAGAAUGGAGUGGACAUGGGACUAGAAAUAAGAUGGGAGAUUCUGAAGUGUCUAAAGUCUAACUGUGUAAAGCCCGAGGGCCUGACUCUCCCUCCCCAACCCGAUGAUUUAUAUUUACUUGGUCACCCUGCUCACUUUUUCUCUGGGCCCAAAGUGAGCCAGAGAGCCCGCACUCCUUUUCUCUUAAAAGUCUCUCUGAGGUCCACCCCCAGACUCCCAUCCCUCUGGACCAGGAUAGAAGCUGCAAUGGAUGUAUCCCCCCCAGGGAUGGAUGUGCUGAAUGAAGCCAUUGGGGCCUUGACUUCCCAGGGGGACCAUCAUUCCUGGGCCCCAACUAUACUCAGCGUUUCUGAUUCACUCAUGACUGCAUUACCUAUCCAGGGACAGGCAAAGCUGGAUGCCGAGGAAGAGCCGCUGUGGCAAUGUCCAGUACGACAUGUGACCUUCAUUGGUGUUGGCCAUGACCCCCACACCUUUGGACUCAUUGCUGACCUUGGUCACCAACGGUUCCAGUGUGCUGCCUUCUGGUGCCAGCCCCAUGCUGGGGCACUAUCUGAGGCUGUUCAGGCUGCAUGCAUGGUACAGUAUCAGAAGUGUCUUGUGGCCUCUGCUGCCCGAGGAAAGGCCAGGGGUGCCCAAGCCCGGGCUCGACUUCGCCUCAAAAGGACAAGCUCUGUGGACUCUGCAGGAGGACCCCUGCCUCUCCCACUCCCUUUGCUCAAGGGUGGAGUUGGAGGUGCAGGGGCUGCCCCCCGUAAAAGAGGUGUAUUCUCCUUCUUUGACUCCUUCCGUCUGAAACCCUCCUUACUGCAUAUGCCCUAGAUUGAGCUGGGGAAGGUUGGAAAGGGAGGCUUUGGGGGCCCCGCCAGCAAUUUCACACCACUUAUAUUCUAGGGGUCCAACUGGCCACCCUACCACCUCCCUAUUCUCACCUGCCCCCCAUGAUCUGUGGUCUUCCUUGCCCCUCAUCUUCCUGCCUGCCCUAUCCCUGUCUCCUCUACUAAUAUGUUACUGAUUUAUAUUGAAUAUUUAUUAGUCUUCUCUGGGUUGACUGCAACCUCAACCCCUAUCCCAGACCCAUUUCCCCUCCCCUCCUUCCUGGUUCCUAUGAUCCCUGCCCCUGUCCAGUCCUGGGCAGUUGGCUCUACCUCAGCAACACUUUUUAGCAAAAUCAGUGCAAAUAAAAUCUCAGAGUGGC